AUGCUCUGCGCCUUGCGUGCGGUGCUUGGAGUGCAGUUGGUGGUGACCCUACUUUCGGCCACCCUCAUGCACAGGCUGGCUGCUCACUGCUCUUUCGCCCGUUGGCUGCUCUGCAAUGGCAGUUUGUUCCGAUAUAUGCACCCAUCUGAGGAGGAGCUCCGAGCCCUGGCAGGGAAGCAGAGACCCAGAGGCAAGAGGGAGCGGUGGGCCAAUGGUGUGGGUGAGGAGAAGCCACUGUCUGUGCCUCGAGAUGCCCCCUUCCAUCUAGAGACCUGCCCCCUCACAGCGCUGGAUGCUCUGGUCCUGCGCUUCUUCCUGGAGUACCAGUGGUUUGUGGACUUCGCUGUGUACACAGGCGGUGUGUACCUUUUCACAGAAGCCUACUACUACGCGCUGAGCCCAGCCAGGGAGGCCAACAUUGCCGUGUGCUGGUGCCUGCUGGCUGUCGCCUUCUCCAUCAAGAUGUUCCUGACAGUUACGAGGCUCUACUUCAGCGCCGAGGAGGGUGGUGAGCGCUCUGUCUGCCUCACUUUCGCCUUCUUUUUCCUGCUUCUGGCCAUGCUGGUGCAGGUAGUGCGGGAAGAGACCCUGGAGCUCGGCCUGGAGCCAGGCCUGGUCAGCAUGACCCAGAACUUGGAGCCACUUCUAAAGAAACAGAACUGGGACUGGGCGGUUCCUCUGGUCAAGCUGACUGUCCGGGUGGGGCUGGCGGUCGUUGGCGCUGUGCUUGGUGCCUUCCUCACUUUCCCAGGCUUGCGGCUGGCCCAGACGCACCGUGAUGCGCUGAUAAUGGCAGAAGACAGGCCCGGGCUGCAGCUCCUCCUGCAUGCCAGCUUCCUGUCACCCCUGUUUGUGCUGUGGCUUUGGACCAGGCCCAUCGCCCGGGACUUCCUGCAGCAGGCGCCCAUUGGGGGUUCAUCCAUCUCCUUGCUGUCAGACUCAGCCUUUGACUCGGCACGCCUCUGGGUGCUGGUGGUGCUGUGCCUGCUGCGCCUGGCGGUGACACGGCCCCACCUGCAGGCCUACCUGGGCCUUGCCAAAGUGCGUGUGGAGCAGCUUCGGCGGGAGGCCGGCCGCAUCGAGGCCCGUGAGAUCCAGCGACGGGUAGUCAGGGUGUACUGCUACGUGACGGUGGUCAGCCUACAGUAUCUGACGCCCCUCAUCCUCACCCUCAACUGCACACUGCUGCUCAAGUCGCUGGGUGGCUACUCCUGGGGCCUGGGUCUGGCUCCCCCACAACCCCUAACCCCAUCCUCAGAAGAUGCUGCCCCUGCUGGCCCCGAGGGGGAUUCGGCCCAAGAGACAGCGGCCCAGCUCGUGGGGGCACUGGGCAGCCUGUUCACGCCCCUGUUCUGCCGCGGGGUCCUCUCCUUCCUGCUUUGGUGGACAGCUGCCUGCCAGCUGCUCUCUAGUCUCUUUGGCCUCUAUUUUCACCAACACCUGGGGGGCUCUUAG